AAAAAAUGUCCCAUAAGGGAUGGCCUGGUGACGUAGGGGUUGGACUUGUGACCGUGAAGUCACGGUCGGGCCUGGUUGUUGUAUUACUCUUUCGACAAUAGUUUUUCAUUACAAUUUCAGGCUUCAGGAUUACGAAAAGCUAUGCGAAAGAAUGGAAUCAUUGUGGAUUGGUACGGUCGUAUUAUGGAAAACGACAAAGAAUCAAACGACAAAUGGUGGGUAGGGUUGCCGACUCCUCCUUGGGACGAUACAGCAAUCUCGCUCGACCUACCACCAAACUUAACAUACGCGGAUGUGUUUUCGAACUCGUAUCUUGGUGUGCACGGUGAAAAAGAUGUCAAGAAUUGUCCGAAGGAAAGCCCCAACUUCGAGUCUCCCAGUUGUUCUAACGAUCACCUCAAAGGAGACUCUCUCACUUGCUCGAAGACGCUGGACACCCCUCCUCGGCCCAAAAUCUUAGAGAAUCAUGGCGCUCCAAAAAUUUCAAAGUUUUCUCUUAUUGACAUCUCCGAAUCAGACAUUGAGAUGAAGCUUGCUAUUACAAAGAAAAGACUUCAAAAAAAUUAUCAAGACAUUGAGAACGCCAAAAGACAAAGAAAGAUUCAAAUGAUUGAACUACACAAUUUGCCCAAGGAUAGUCUCUUGCAAAUGGAUAAUCCAUCAAAGCCUUUUCGGCGCGGACCUUUCACAAAAAGAUUCAAAUAG